UGUCCCACUACAACCAUUUUUCUUUCUCCUUUCUUAUCAACAUUUGCCUUUCUCUACUCUCGCUCACUCUCUCUCUCUCACACACACACACACAAAGAUUAAUUUGAAGCAAGUUUCAAAGAUAUAUAUAUAUAUAUUCCAUCUCCUAAAAUAGUUUUGUAAUGGAUGAAAAGUGGAAGGUAUCAAAGAAGGAAAAAGGGUCAAGCUCAUCAACCAAGUCAUCAUUAUUCUCAAGAAGUUGUUCAACAAGAGGCUCUACUUCAAAGUCACCACUACUUUUAAGAAGCUUAUCCUCAAAAAGUUCUUCUACAUCCAAUAACAACAACAAUCUUCCUAGAAGUUUUUCACAGAAGAAUCCAUCAUCAAUAGGUAAGAAAUGCACCAAUAUAGCCAAAGAACAAAAAGCAAGAUUUUACAUCAUGAGGCGAUGUGUAGCUAUGUUAGUUUGUUGGCAUAAACAUGGAGAUAAAUACUCUUGAAGGGAGGUGCAGAUAGCAAAACAAGUUUAUUGCUCAGAUCCCCUUUUCAACUUUUCAGUGUACAACUUUUUUUUCUAAUUUGAUCUUCAAGUAUCCUGUUUUUUUUUUUUUUUUCUUUUUCUUUUCUGAAAUUGUAAUUAUGAAUUACCUAUAAGUUUUGCACAUUGCAAAUAUUCAUUUCAUUCUAGUAUUAGUCAAUCUUAUUAAACAAAAACCACUAUUAUACCAAUGCUAGUCGGUUCAUAUAUA